AUGGCACAAGUUAUUGACAGCUUACUCCAAUAUGGAGAAAACAUGGAAGCAGUGAAGGAAAACCUAGUCCUUCAUCGUGAAAAUGCCUUUGCGCAAGCGUAUACCGAAUUCAUGGAUGAAUACAUUUCAUUAUGUCACAUGUCAAGGGCAACUAACUCAUCAAGUUACAUAAUUCCCCAUCAUUGUGUCACUAAGGACACUAAUACAUCCACCAAAUUACGUGUUGUUUUUAACGCCUCGGACCCAGGUUAUAACAAAAUUUCUUUAAAUUCAUUAUUGUUGGCCGGUCCUAAAUUACAAGACGAUAUCUCGGAUAUCCUUUACUCAUUCCGUUUUAACUCAAUAGCCUUGUGUUCUGAUAUACGUCAAAUGUAUCGACAAAUUUUGGUACGUCCAGAAGAUCGCAUUUAUCAGCAUAUAUUUUACCGACCAUCCACUGAAUCCGACGUCGUUGAAUUUGAACUAAAUACCGUAACAUACGGAUUAGUUCCUUCCGCUUUUCUUGCACAAAGGUGCCUUAAACAAUUAGUUAUCGACGAAGGCAAUCAUUAUCCUUUGGCUUCUCAAGCCCUUUUGCACAACACUUACGUUGAUGAUAUCAUUACUGGUGCUUCGUCUCCUGAACAAGCCAAAACUUUAAUGACACAAUUACAAACUUUAAUGAGUAGGGGAGGUUUUGAGUUGCGAAAAUGGACUAGUAACGAUCCUUCUAUAUUAGCUGAUCUCCCUAGCUGUUGUGAUAAAUCCCGAAGUAAAGUGUGUACAAAUAACAAUUUAGUAUUAGUUUGA